GCGUCCGUACGUAAAAGCCGGUGUACGCUGUUCGCGAACGAUUCGUCGCUUGCUGUCGUCGUUCGAUUCGGCCUGUUUGCAUUCCGCGCGCAUUUCUUGACUUCGUCUCGAGCUUUGUCUUUUCGCUUCGAGCUUAAGAGCUGCGGCCGCAGUUUUGAUUCCAAUCGGGAGCAGAGUCCAUCCAUCUCGUCCAUCUCGCGAUCGCCGAGCAUCGCGAGUCGUGCUCUAUUCGCGAUAUUCAGUGGCGGCUUUCGAUGUCGGCUCGAUACUCACCAGUUCCUUCGAGUUUGAACGCUUCGCAGUGUUGAGAUAUGAGAAUUGUUUCCAACGUGAAAAGAGAUAAUUUUACGAAGAUGCUCGUUGGACGUUGCUACGCGAGUGUAUUUGUCGCGAGAAGUGAUUUUUAAAUCGGAGAAAGGAUGUCAUCUGGAGCAUAGACAGCUGCAGGGACGAGGGCAUUCGUCGUCGUCCAUAGAGUCAAGCUCGAUGGAGCCCGCGUCUGGGACAACGGUCAAGCAGCCCCGCACCGGAUGGAUGCGGGCGGACAGUGGCGGUCGUAGGGCAGCAACGGUAGAACGACGUUAGAACGUUACCGCUUGCGGCUGCAGCUGCGGCGUCAUCGGUCGCUGCACCUGCAGCUGCGGUGGUGGCGGCGGUGACGACAACGACGGCGACGACGAUUUAAUCGGAAGACGGCGAAACGCACGAUGCAGAACGCCGGCGAUUAUUAUCAAAGGGCACCGAGAUGUUGUCCGGGUAGAAGUAGCAACAACAGCAACAAUAACAACAACAGUGCGGCCGGCAUUGCGGGCGGUUCGGUGCGAGGCGCGGAGCUGCUCUGCUGUUGCUGUAGCUGCAGCACCGCCACUUCAACCAAGACCCCGGGAUUGUUGGCCAGUCUUGGCGUGUGCGUGCUCGUUCUCGGCUACACCCUGCUCGGCGCGUUUGCCUUUAUGGCCCUCGAGGGAGGUCUCAAACCGGAUUCGCUUACCGAGGUUGCGUCUUCGAAACCCGACGGGGCUUCUUACGUGCUGCCAAAUCUGGAGAACGAUUCCGCUGCCACAGAAUUGAGAGCACGCACCGUCGAGAAACUCUGGAGUAUCACCGAGGAUCUUAACGUUCUUUACAAAGAGAAUUGGACUCGCCUGGCGGCUCAAGAGGUCCUCGAGUUCCAAGAGAAUUUGGCUCGCGGUCUCAGACGCACCUCGUACGAGCAGAUGCCACCGUUGUCUCCGCGGUCCCGCGGAGAGCAUUCCGCGGAAAGGCGGCUCCACGGUCGACGAUGGACUUUCAGCAGUAGUCUGUUGUAUUCUCUGACGUUGAUCACGACCAUAGGGUAUGGUAGUGUAGCGCCACGCACAGUCUGGGGUCGAUUGAUCACUAUAGUCUACGCCUUGGCGGGAAUCCCGCUGAUGUUGGUCUACCUGAGCACAGUGGGCGAUGUACUCGCCCGAAGCUUCCGUCGUUUGUAUGGACGCAUGUGCCGGCGGCCGCAUAAUUGCGCGCGAAAGCCGCAACCGCCGCCGCCACCGCCGCCGGUCGGCGGCAUAAUGGCCAAGGCGUAUCGUUACGACAAUCACGUAGAAACCAAGGGAGGCGGUAACUACUACUCGGCAAGCAGGGAAAGCUCCUGCGACGAUCUGGGUAUCCGCGGUACUGGCGGUAGUGCGAUCCUGCUUGAUUGUGGUAGCGAGGGUCUCUUGCACGCUACAACUAGCUCGACCGCCGCGCUUCAGGAUAUGACAACGGGCAACGGCAAGCGACACUUUCACCCGUGCUCGCUAUCCUUAUCAUCGACUUCGUCACCGGCGUACAUGCUGGAGGCCAAUCCCGUCAGAAUACCGAUCAGCUUGUGUCUGGCGAUAAUGUUGAUGUAUAUAUGCGCCGGCGCGGUCAUGUUCAAUCGUCUGGAGGGCUGGAGCUUGUUAGAAGGCGGAUACUUUUGCUUCACUAGUCUCGGUACGAUCGGCUUUGGAGACCUGAUGCCAGUGGGGCGCAACGCACCGACGACGACUCUGGAGGAGCUUAGCCUGUGCGCCUGUUCUCUUUAUAUCCUCGCGGGAAUGGGCCUGAUCGCCAUGUGCUUCAACCUCGUCCAGGAGGAGGUGGUACGCGUGGUCAGGGUCUUCGGUAGAACCUGCGGCAUGUCGUCAGGCGUGGUGGUCGGACCUAUCGGUGGUACAGCAGGCGCCACUUCCGGUCUCAAGGCCGACCUCGAUGACGGAGGCGGCACCAGUGACUCGCGAUUGUCCGAACAAGAAGAGGAGGCGAUCGCCAUGUCGAUGGUGCCGGCCGGUUCCUGACAGCAUCAGGCCAGGAGCCCCGGUGACGGCAAGCUCCUGGCCCACCCCUCG